CAUGGCUUCUGUGCUGUAAAUGAAACCCGUCCGCUCGACACGACAUGGCCAAUCCUAAUCUGAGCCAGUUCUUACCCCUUCAGUCGAACCAGACUCGAUCCCAAUUCCUGGAGAUCUGGGAAGAACGAUGGAACAAGCGAAUCGAUGAGGAUGUGACCAUCCUCGGCGAAGGACUUGGACGAGUCGUGGCCGAGGCACAGAGAGCUCUUCAACCCAGCUUGGCUGCGACGGCUACCUCGCAUCUAGCCCUGCAGGUGCAUACUCAAACCCUCAUUCAAUCCGCCGAAUCGCUGCUGGCACUAACUCACCAGCUCAAGCUGCUCGUGAUGCUAUCCGACUCGGAAACACCCAAAGCGGCAGUCGAGAAGGAGGAAAAGGAGCUGGCCGGCCAGGUGGAGCGCGCAAAGCAGGAGAUCGGGGACGCCCUGAAGAACCUAGCAGCAGCUGUCUAAGAGCAGUUUGGCUGAUCCAUCGGGAUUCGAGUCGACACUCGGCAGAUACGACGCAACUAGUCACUUGAUCGACAUACGUACCCAAAGUGACGUCCUCAUUCAGAAGGUCCCCCUGCCCUUUGCACUGGACCGUGUUGAAGGUCAGGACCGGUCCCUUAAGAUCUGCUCAAAACCGACCACAUCGGUUUGAGACGACCCGAACAUAUCCACUGUUUCACUAUCCCAUGACACAAAUAGCUUGUAACACGCACGGCAGCCAAGCAUGGCGGGAUAUGCUGCUUUGUCGGUUGUAUGUCAGUCCCCAUAUACCCCAUGUAACGACGUUCAUCAAAUUGAGCCUUUCGAGCGACCU